AUGAGUUGGGAACCUCUUUUCACAACCAAAGGCUUCAGAGUUUUCAGCAUUGAUUAUAAAGACAAUGAUGAUUUCAUACGUGAACUGAAAGAACAAUUGAAUGUAAUUACUAAUUCAGAAGGCUAUUUUAAUUAUCUGCCAGUCAUUCAAUCAUCUGGUUAUGGAAAAACUAGGGCUGUUUGCCAGCUUGCUAAAUCUCACCCAUUAAUAUACGUGUGUUUUCAUUCAAAAACUUCAACUGGGCAUCCACCUGCUACACCAAAAAGCAAUAUCAUGCACCAAGAGCUAGUGAAUAUGAAGAAUAUAGAUGAAGCUCAUACUGUGGCAUUUUCUUGGCUGAGGUCAAUGAUUCAAGUAUUCUGUGAGAUGGGAUUAGAAAAAAAAUCUGAAGACUUGUUAUAUGAUGAAGUAAGAUAA